AUCUACAUUCCUAUACACGUUUCAAUACAAUCUUCUGCAAAUUCUGAAAGAAAACUAGUUUUUGCGUUUCAGUGCUUUCAUUUUCACAUAGAAGCAACUAGAGUUGUUUUCUUACCCGAGGAAGAACUUAGUUUACCAUAAAUAAUGUCUGAUUACUACAGAGACGAGUUUGGUAACCCAAUUCAGCCUACUGACGAAUACGGCAACCCAAUUCGGACGACAGACGAAUAUGGAAAUCCCAUUUCUCAUACUACUGGUGCUGGUUAUGGAUCCACAACUGGGACGGGUCUAGGUUCUACCACUGGUGGUACUUAUGAUUCGACAACCGGGACUGGUGGCUAUGGAAGUACUGGGACCGGUGCUUAUGAUAGCACAACAACUGGUACUGGUGUUGGAGGAGGUACUCAUGGUGGUUAUGACACCACAACUGCUUCGGGUAUGGGCACUACUGGUGCUUAUGAUACCACAACUGGAUCUGCUUUGGGCACUACCGGUGCUUAUGAUACCACAGGGUCGGGUCUCGGAGGUACUCACGGGACUGGUGUAGGGACUCAUCACGAUGAGCAGCGUGGAGUUACUGGGAAGCUUGGGGAUAAACUUGGUAUCACUGGUCAUCAUGAUGAGCAACACCAAGGUCAAGGUGGUGGCGUGCUUCAUCGCUCUGGAAGCUCCAGUUCUAGCACUUCGGAGGAUGAUGGGCAAGGAGGUAGGAGGAAGAAGAAGGGAUUGAAGGAAAAAAUCAAGGAAAAAUUGCCUGGUCAUAAAAGGACUGAUGAACAAACAACCACCGCCACCACUGGGACCACUGGGUAUGGAGGUACUACUACCACCACUCCGGGCACUACUGGGCAUACUGGUCAGACCGUACAGCAUCACGAGAAGAAGACUAUAAUGGAGAAGAUCAAGGAGAAGAUGCCCGGACAUCACUAGAUCUUACUUGGCUGUAUUUCUCUUUUGUUUGUGUCUAUUUGCUAGGCUGGUGUGAUUGGGUUUAGUUCUGUUGUUGGAGUCAAAUGUGGCCUUAGGUUAGGCCGAAGUAAAUAAGAAGCUUCUCGUGUUGUGUGUACUGUUUUAUUGUGUUGCGUUCGUGUCUAUAAAAAUAUGUGAUGUCUAGCAUGUUGCUUUGUCCAACGUUAAAAUACUUCAAAAGAGUUUCGAGUU